CAAUUUUUAUUAACCUUGAAAGUUGAAAAUAGUGGAGUAUAAAUCCCUCCCUUUUCUCCUCUUUCUUUCUCGUCAAUCUGUCUCUCCGUGUACAACUCGCGUUCUCUCUCUCUCUCUCUACUUGCAACCAUUAAAAGGAAAAGAAAAGAAAAGAAAAGAAAAUAAAACAUCCAUCCAAAGGCACAGGGCUUUUUACUUUUGUUUUCCUCUUAUAAACUCGUCAUUUGAUUUUUUCACUCUUUCAGUGGAGAUCUCGAUCGGUGAAGAACCGAAGAGGUUUCAAAUUUCAAGUUGAAAAGUGUAGAGGUUUUUUAUUAUGUUUGGAUUUUGAGGAGAAUGAUGAUGAUGAUGAUGAUGUUGACCUUAACAGCUGGGUUCUGAGGUAUUAUGGAACUGGUGCUUAAAACCCAACAUACACAAACCCAAUAACAGCAAGAUGAGUCUUUACAUUGGUCGCGAGGCUUCUAAGUUAUGGAAGAGAAUAUGUGCAGAGACGACAACAGAGAUCAAUUUACUUGCAGAUAAUUGGAAAUACAUUCUUGGAGGUUUAAUUUUUCAGUACAUUCAUGGUUUGGCUGCCCGAGGAGUUCAUUAUCUACAUCGCCCAGGGCCAAUAUUGCAGGAUGUUGGGUUCUUUCUUCUUCCGGAGCUUGGGCAAGAUAAAGCCUACAUUAGUGAGACGCUGUUCACCACUGUCUUUCUAUCCUUUGUUGUGUGGACUUUCCAUCCUUUCAUCCUCAAGAGCAAAAAGAUCUACACAGUUCUAGUUUGGUGCAGGGUUCUUGCAUUUCUAGUUGCUUCUCAAUUUCUCCGGAUCAUCACAUUCUAUUCCACCCAGCUUCCAGGUCCAAAUUAUCAUUGUCGUGAGGGAUCAAAACUUGCCAGGUUGCCACAUCCACAAAGUCUAUUCGAAGUACUCUUAAUGAAUUUUCCUCGGGGCAUCACACAUGGUUGCGGUGAUUUGAUUUUCUCAUCACACAUGAUAUUUACUCUAGUCUUUGUUCUCACAUAUCAGAAGUGCGGCACAAAAAGGUGUAUAAAGCAGUUAGGUUGGCUUAUUGCUGUAGUUCUGAGCUUUUUGAUUAUAGCAUCACGCAAGCAUUACACUGUGGAUGUCGUUGUAGCAUGGUACACUGUUAAUUUGGUGGUAUUCUUUCUAGACAAGAAAUUACCAGAGCUACCUGAUCGGACUGGCGGUGCUUCUCUCUUAUUGCCAUUAAGUAACAAAGACAAGGAUAGCAAGACCAGAGAAGAGAACCACAAGCUCUUGAAUGGGAACUCAGUAGACCCUGCAGAUUGGAGGCAGAGAACCCAAGUCAAUGGCAAGAUUCUGGACGACGCCAAUUUAGUCCAUGCUGAUGCUACUUCAAUGAACGGUGCAUAGAUGAAGGAGGCUGCUAUCAUAGCAGCCAGCCAUAAUGCUGCAGGAACUGCUGCUCGUAUCUUAAUGACCAUGGAUAGAAAGAUUUGGUAGCUGUUGCGGUCAGCUUCUAUUCCCAAGACUGCUAGUACAUUUGAUUUGUAUUCUAGAGAGAAUGAAACACGGGUUGUGCAUUGAUACUGCGGGCAGUCCUGCUCCUUUUUCAUGGUUAAAACAAAUCCCUCACCAGCAUCAGUAUGUAUCAUGGUAGCAAUAUUCAUGGUUCCUAUGAUAGCAUCCCGCAUCUUAUGUUGCCCUUGAAACUCACCUGCACUGUGCUUAUGUAUGUAACUAUGUGAAUAUAAUUGUUUGCAAAGCCGAAGGCUAUUCUCGUUUAGAAUUUAACUGCGAAUGUGAAUGAACUUUAAGGAA